AUGGGAGAACCUAACAAGGAAUCAGGUGUGGAGAAACUCGUUGAAAGCAUGCAGAGGAUGAUGACUCAGCUGCUAGAGCAGGCACAAACGAAGACAAUUAGUGGUUCUGAUGUACUGAAGAAUUUAGAACCAAAUCCGGUCAGGUUGACCGGUCCGGGUGAUUUCUUUAGCUGGUCCCGGAAUGCUUUGUUGAUCCUUGAGGCACAUGGUCUGGAGAAAUUUCUGAGAGAAGAUGAGAAAAGGCCAGGAGAAGUCCCACAAGAUCAAUGGGACCAACAGCAGAAGCGAGUCAUGGUGUGGUUGCUUGGUUCGAUGGAGAAGACCGUGCGGGAACAAGUUGAAGGGCUUCAGUCUGCAGCUGAGGUGUGGGCAAGCAUUGAGAAACAGUUUUCGGGGAAAUCAAACAAGAUGCAGGUCAGUAGGAUUUUCCAUGAACUCAGACAUAUCAAGCAAGAGCAGAAGACAGUAACUGAAUAUGCAGGAGAAAUCAAGAAGCUGUAUAGAGACCUCGAGUAUUUUAGACCAUUUAAAGCACAUGAUCCCAGGGAUGUUUCACUCCUUCGUGAGUGGUUUGAACCAUUGUUGGUUCAGACUUUUCUUGAUGGCCUGAACUCUGAGUUUAAUCUCCGUUCCCAGCUCAUACAAGCCACACCAGAUUGGCCUACACUGGACCAGACCAUUUCUAGUAUACUUGAGGAGGAAACAAGGUUGGCAAAUCAGAGCACAGCUCCACAAGCGAAUGAUGGCAGAGCUGCGCUAUCUUCAGUUAACCAAGUUCUGUCUCAUGGUACUUCAAGAAAUCAACAAGCAAAUGCUACUAGAUUCUACUACAGGAGAAAGCCUGGGAUGUUCUGUGACCACUGUAAACAACCAGGCCAUUUGAAGAAGAGUUGUUUUGAUCUAAUUGGUUACCCUCCUGGGUGGCAACCAAAAAAAAUUAAUAGAUUCACUAGCGGUGGUAGUAAUACAAGAAGGCCUGAUCGAGCUCAUCUUACAUUAUCCGAGGGAGAACGUCCAGCUGUAACAGCACAAGCACUUGAAGAAUUUAAGGGCAAACUUAUGGCGAAUACUAUAGAAGGUCCUACUCAUGCUCAUUCUGGGAAAGGAUCUGAAGACAAGAAGAAAUCUUGGGACUGGAAUUGAGCACGACGGCCUCUACUACCUUACCAAUGAUCCGUCUCCAUCUCCAUAUGCGCUCAGUAUGAUGAAUAGUUUGGCUACGGAUGAAUUGCUACUAAUGCAUUAUAGACUAGGGCAUUUGUCGUUCCAAGCCCUUAGUCGUAUGUUUCCAUCUCAAGCUAAAAAUUCUCGUAAGGACAAGCUUUUGUGUGAUGUGUGUGAACUGGCUAAACACACCAGAACCAAUUAUCCUAGCACUAAUGAUAGAAGUAAGAUACCUUUUGAUGUGGUGCAUUCGGAUGUAUGGGGUCCAUCAGUUGUAACUGCCCUCACAGGGGAUAGAUAUUAUGUGACAUUCAUCGAUGGUUUUAGUAGGUGCACAUGGUUGUACCUCCUAAAGCAUAAGUCUGAAGUUCUGCCUGCAUUCAAAGAUUUUUUUAA